GCGCACGCGCACCCGACCUUCCCCCCACACGCGCCUCGGCCAGUCAACCCGUCGAACCCCGGCCGCGCGGAGCGGCGCCAUGGGGGACGCCACGGCCACGGCGUCGGCGCCGGCGAGCACCAAGACGGCGGAGCUGGACGCGCCGCUCAGCGCCCUGGGCUUCGAGAUCGAAGAGGUCUCGCCGUCGCGGCUCACCGGCCGCCUCCUCGUCACGGACACCUGCUGCCAGCCGUUCAAGGUGCUGCACGGCGGCGUGUCGGCGCUGAUAGCGGAGGGCCUGGCCAGCAUGGGCGCGCACAUGGCGUCGGGAUACCGCCGCGUCGCCGGCAUGCAGCUCAGCAUCAACCACUUCCGGAGCGCCGCCGCCGGCGACACCGUCCUCGCGCGCGCCGUUCCCGUCCACGUCGGCCGCUCCACCCAGGUAUGGGAGGUGAAGCUCUGGAAGAUGGAUGUAUCCACACAGGGGGAAGGACCUCAAAUCGCCGAGGCAAGGGUCACCCUUCUCUGUAAUCUACCUGUGCCGGAUGAGUUGAAAGGUGCAGGAGAAUCCCUUAGGAAAUACUCUAAACUGUAAAACUCCAUUUAUAUGUGAUUCUGUAAAAAACUUUUCUUGUAGUGCAAACACUGAUGGAUCAACUAGAGAGAAACAAGCUUCGCGUGUGUGGUCGAUGAACCUCAAUAUCCAGCAACUAAGUUGGAAUGUUUUGUAUUUAAUCAUGAUUCUAUAUAUAAAGGAGCAUAUAGGAGAUCAACA